AUGGACACACGCACGAACGUUGUGGCCAGACUCUCAAAUGCGGAAUCUGCAACCGCCCUCACGCCGCCCGUCACUGCCAAAGAGGAAGAUCAAGACAAUGCUACUGAACCCACGCCUGCGCCUAAGGAUUCGCAGAAACAUGGUGACCAGAAAUUGCCUCCAACGACUGAAGACAAGGGUAAAGGCAAAGCAACCGAACCCAAGCAACCACCGCACGAGCUCAUGGCGGAUUGA